UGUAAAUACUAAUAAAACCGAAUCCACCCACGAGUUAUCUCAUCUCACAGCUCUUCCUUCCACUCUCUCUUUCACUCAUUCUUCUAGGGUUAGCUAAUCUAUCUUCAAUUCUUUAAUUUCUUUUAACAAAAAAUGGAGUCUAAUUCGUUGAUCAAUUACCCCUCUCGAUCAGAUUUGUGUUUGGAAGAAGAUGUGAAAGGAGAAGAAAAUGUGAAAGCAGAGUUUAUCUGCCCGUUCUGUGCAGAUGAGUUUGAUAUUCUUGGCCUUUGUUGUCACAUUGAUGAAGAGCAUCCUGUUGAGGCCAAGAACGGGGUUUGUCCUGUCUGCUCAAAGAAGGUGGGAUUAGACAUCGUUGGCCAUAUUACAACGCAACACUGCAACGUUUUCAAGGUGCAGCGAAGGAGAAGGUUGCGUAGAGGUGGAUAUAGCUCUAACUAUCUUACACUAAGAAAGUCUCUCGGAGUUGGAGGAGCUUCCACUUUCAUUCCCUCAUCCAAUCUAGAUUCUGAUCCUUUGCUCUCAUCCUUUAUGUUUCGUCCUCCUUUGGCUAAUGAACUUGUCAUACCCAUCACGGAAGGAGACUCUGUAACAAAAGUCUCACCUAAGGACACCUCUCAAAGGUUAUCACUUUCGAAUGAAGAUCAAGAGAAGGCAAGAAAGAGUGAGUUUGUGCGAGAUUUGUUGUGGUCAACCAUGCUUGAAGACAAGUUUUAAUCUCUUACUAGUAAUGGUGAAUCAAGAGAUGUAUGUAGCAGAGCGUAGUAGCUUAUGAGUGUAUGUACGUUGUCAGAAUGUACUUGUUGGAGGAACCUUAAUGUGCAUAUUCAAGAAAUGGAACUUCUUCCUCUA